AUGUCUGAUCCUAUUUCCGACUCUACUACCCCCAUCUCCCGCACUGUAACCAAGAAAGUCUACGCUGUUGAAACACCAGAGGGGGAUGGUGCCAUCGUCCGAAGGAGUAUUGGUGGUGGCAGUCUGAAAAACCUCACCCCCUUCCUCAUGCUCGACCACUUCCAUGCGAGUGCUGGAGCCGGCUUCCCUGACCAUCCCCAUCGCGGUCAAGCCACCAUUACCUACGUCGGUCGUCGUUCACAUCGAGAACAUGAACUAAUCUAUCCGUUACAGAUGCUCCGGGGGUCCAGCAACCACGAAGAUUCUGCUGGCCACAAGGGCGUCAUCGAAGCCGGCGGUGUCCAAUGGAUGACCGCUGGUCGCGGCAUAAUUCACUCCGAAAUCCCCAACUACAUCCCCGGAAAACCUGAUCCGAUCGGCCUUCAACUUUGGGUCAAUCUGCCCAAAAAAUUCAAGAUGGUCAAGCCUUCAUACCAAGAGCUCGGUCCUACCCAAAUCCCCGUCGCGGAACCAGUCGAGGGCUUGAAAGUCAGGGUGAUUAGCGGGAAAAGUCACGGCAAAGAAAGCCCCGUCCGGCCUUUGGGCGGCUGCUGGUACUUCCACUACAUCCACGAAAAAGAGGGUCUCGAGACCUUCCAGGAACUGCCUGCUGGAUGGACCACAUUCAUUUACAUCCUCAGUGGCUCUCUCGUCGUCGGAACCACUAGACCAACGGUGUUUGAGGCCUUCCACACACUCGUCCUCAGUGCCGACGCCAACGAGACAGGGGUUUUGCUCAAGAGCAUGAGUCCAGACACCCAAUACAUGCUCGCCUCGGCCGAACCUAUCAACGAGCCUAUUGUUCAAUACGGUCCCUUCGUCAUGAACACCCAGGCCGAGGUUAUGCAAGCGUUCAAAGAUUUCCGUGAGGGACGGAACGGCUUCGAGAAAGCCUUGACUUGGAAAAGCACCAUUGCUGGGAUGAUGUCAAGACGGUGA